AUGGACACCCACUCGAUCAACAAGAUCAAGCGCAAGCCCCUUCCCACCGGAGGAGCGGCGCGUCUCGGAGCCACGGGACCGUCUCCGGAUCCUCCGGGAUCAGCACAGAUCGACGGGUCACCUCCACCGAGGUACUCUGAAGUCGUGCGAGACAUCGGCUCGCUCAAUCUUGGCGAUGGAGACGGACAAGACGACGGCCAGGAGCAGCCGCCUGGACUCGCGGAAUACGUGACUUCCAACGCCGGCAUUGUUGCGAGCCCGAAAGAGCUCUCGGCGGCCUCAUCCAGAGCGACUACUUUCCCCCCUUCAGACUACACGCCGCCGACGACACAGAGCGGAGAACUCGCGCCUGGUUCCCCUCCUGUUUUGGUCCCGGCUACGGGAUCUACCGAGGAUCAGCAGCAGCAACAGCCGUCGUUUUGGAAGACGGCGCUCGACGAGACGCGCCACUUUGCCGGCGGGCUGCUCUCGCACCCGCACGAGUCGACCAAGCACUACACCAUCCUGCGGCACUCGCCGGGCGUCGUGCUGUACCGCGGGCCCGCGACGAGCGUCGCCGUGUCCGUCUUCUCGUCGCCGGACCGCGGCCCGCUGCCGGCGGACAGGACGGUCUGGCUCCAGCGGCGCGGGUUCUCGGGCGACGCGGGCCUGCGGCUCGGGGCGGCGCUGGCGGCGGGCGGCGCGCUGGGCAGCUGGAUCGACGUGACGCCCGAGGCGCGGGCCGGGCCGGAGCAGGUGCCGCCGGCGGACGAGCGGGGGUGGCAGCGGGAUAUCGCGCGGUUCCGCAGGAGGGCGGGCAGGGAGGGCGGCGCGGCGGCGCGGCACGUCCUCCGGGAGACGUGUGUCGUGCGGAUACCGGCUGCGGCGGCGGAUGGGUAUUUCCGGCUCGUGCUUUGUACCGGCGGAGGAGGAGGAGGAGGGGAAGACGGCCGGCAGGACGAGAAGGAGAAGAGGAGGCGCAAGGCGCUGUGCGGCAGCCCCGUGUUCCGGGUCGCGAGCACGUCGACCGAGCCGGGCGUCGUGCGCGGCGCGAGCCUGCGGAGCAUACCGCUCGAGGUGGGCAUCAAGGUCGCGUCGGCGGUGGCCAACAGCGCGGCGGGGAACCUCGUGUCGCCCCUGACGGACCGGCUGCAGCAGUACCAGCCUGGCUUCGUGGCGCAGGAGGCCGGGACGAUGAUGUACAGCCGGUACGGGCUGGAGGACAAGGUGGAGAGCGCGCAGGAGGGGUACGGCCGGGCGAGGGAGGAGCAGUACGGGCGGCUUGCAGCAGCAGCCGCGGACGAGGCGGGAGCGACGCCGCCGGAGGAGGAGGUGGUGGUAAUAGGGCCGGAUGCGGGGCCCGAGAAGCCGUUCCCGAUCAAGUUUCAGGGGAAGGUCGUGGCCGGGACGGGCCGGGGCGGGAGGGAGAUGGGGAUACCGACGGCGAACGUCGAGGGCGUGCCGGACGAUAUUGUCCUGCGACUGUCGGGCGGGGUGUACUUUGGGUGGGCCGAGGUGCUGCCGCACAAGGAGCUGGACGAGCGGGUGUCGCGCGACUGGAUCGAGGCGGUCGUGGCUGUGGGCCCGUCGCCGGUGUAUUACCCGGCUGCUGCUGCUGCCAGCAAGGCGAGGGUGGUCUCGCGAGACGUCGUCACGGCACGCCUGCUGCAUGAUUUCGGGGGGGCUACGUUUGUCGGGGCCAAGCUGAAGAUUGUGGUCAUGGGGAGGCUGCGGGGGAUGAAGAAGAUGACGUCUACGGGGUCUACGGCUACGGCUACGGCUACCACGGCAUCAGAGGAGAGUCAGCUUGCAGAGGUGCUGGAGGCGGCGGCGCGGGACGCGGAGGUGGCAGUAGCGAGCCUGAGCCGCGGGGCGUGGGGCCCGCAGGAGACGCUGGGCCGGAUGCGGACGGAGCGGAGCGGGCGGUCGCUGGAGGAGAGGGGAGGUAUUCUCUUGAGAUAUCUUGCCAAUGACUCUCCCAAGCACGACACCACCUACAUCUCCUAUGUUGGGCCCCAGCUGUUCGUGAUAGAGAUGCCUCCUGAGGGAAUCUCCGCCCGGCACAGCGGAAAUAUCGCAUCUUACACGACAGAGUGUUCCCGCAACCUCGAGAACGGCUGGCACCGUUUCGCAACCCACCCUCUCGCUGCGUCAAUUGACCAGAGACAGAAAGAAGACGCCCGCACAGAAUCAUCAACCGUUCCGCCAGACCGCCCAAGAUGCAGUCGGGAAUCUCAGGUAGGCCGAACUCCACGCCGCCGCACAUCUCCUGACCCAGAGCUGACACUUUGGCACUCCAAACCAGCCUCCCAGGAGCUCAUAGAGCAGUUCAACACCCUCCUCUCCGACGGCUCCCACUUCGGCCUGCUGGCCACCAUCUCGGCCGAGUCCCUCGUCCCCGCGGGACUGCUGACCCCUCCCUCGGCCGGCGCCUCCUUCGCCGACAACCUCGACGCCCUGCUGGCCCCGCGCCUCAAGCCCGACGAACCGCUGUACGCCCUGCUGCGGCGCCACGACGCGCCCCCUCGGUUCGUGGCGGUCACGUACGUGCCCGACGCCGCCAAGGUCCGGCAGAAGAUGCUCUUCGCGUCGACGCGGCUGGCCCUCGUGCGCGAGCUGGGCACCGAGCACUUCCGCGAGACCAUCUUCGCCACCAGCCCGGCCGACCUGACCCCCUCGGGAUUCGAGAAGCACGACGCCCACGGCGCGCUGGCCGCGCCGCUGACGGAGGAGGAGCGCACGCUCGGCGACGUCAAGCGCGCCGAGCAGGAGGCCGGAUCCGGGACGGGCGCGCGCGAGAUCCACCUUAGCAAGAACCUCAACAUGCCCGUCGGCGAGGACGCGCUGGCGGCGCUGCGGGAGCUGGGGCAGGAGGGCGGCGGGAAGAGGAAUUUGGUCAUGCUGAAAAUCAACCCCGAGACCGAAAAGAUCGAGCUCGUGCCCGACGCCUCGUCGCCGUCGUCCAUCGCCGAGCUGACCUCGGGCGUCAUCUCGCCCACCGAGCCGCGCUUCACCUUCUACCGCUACGCGCACGAGCACGCCGGCGCCUCCUUCGCGCCCUUGCUCUUCAUCUACACGUGCCCCAUGACGCAGGGCAACAAGGCCAUCAAGUUCCGCAUGAUGUACCCGCUCAUGAAGCGCGCCGUGCUCGAGAUCGCGGGCCGCGAGUGCGGGCUCGACGUCGACAAGCGGUUCGAGGUCGAGGAGCCGGCCGAGAUCACCGAGGAGGGGGUCCUGGGCGAGCUGCACCCCAAGGUCGAGGUGCGCAAGGGGUUCAGCCGGCCCAAGAGGCCUGGUCGGUGA